AUGGCAUCAUUGAAGGCUGAAAAGCAAGUUGGCACUCAACUAUUUGGGCAGGCCAAGAAAGAACCUGCCAUUUCCAAGGCCAGUGAUGGCGGAGCCAAAGCUCCAGCAUCGAAGGCAGCCCCAAAGAAGGCUGCAUCAAAGCCUCAGGCACCCAAGAAGAAGGGUAAAGGUGGCAAAGCUGCAGCCAAGAACUGA